AUGAAUGAUGGAGUUACUAAAACCAAACUGAAAGUUCUCUUUUUGGGACCUAAGGGAACAUAUUCUCAUCAGGCUGCAUUACAACAUUUUGGUCACUUAUGUGAUUCUUCAAUAUAUUUCGUCCCAACACGGUCAAUUCCCCAAUGUUUUGAUGAUCUAGAGAAGGACACAUCUGUAAAUUAUAGCAGUUGUCCCCUUAGAGUAAUUCUACUAAUGGACAAGUGGUUUUUUUCCUACGCUUUAUUGCGUGAUCAAAUGAUCCAAUCGAAAAAUAAAAUUCACAAUCGUAUCAUCACUCCAUUGGAAGUCGUUGGAGAACAAUACGUUUCCAUAUCACAUUGUUUAAUUAGUCCUGUUACAUUUCCUAAGGGGGAUAAUUUAUCUAAUUAUAAUCAUGUUAAAAUAUAUUCUCAUCCGCAAGUGUGGGGCCAAGUUUCUCUAUAUCUAACUGAUUUGAAAGCAAAAUAUCGUCACAUGAAAUUCGAAUGCAUAGAUACUACAUCUACAUCUGAAGCUGUGCGUAUAGCUUUAGAAACUCAAAAUAACGGUACUCAAGAUUCAAAAGUCUUAAACUUAGCUAUUGCCAGUCAGACAGCAGCAAAUUUGUUCAAUGGAGUUAUUAUUGACAAUGAAAUAAAUGAUAAGAAGGGUAAUACAACAAGAUUUUUAGUACUUCAAAGAAGGGAUUCGAAUAAAGGGACUAGAUUGCAUAAAAAGGGUAUGGAAAGCGACAAUGCAAAUCUAAAUAUUAAUUUCACAACAUUUACUGCAAGGAAAGAUGAUCCAGGUUCUUUGGUAGAUAUCUUGAUGAUUUUGAAGAGUCAUUCUUUGAAUAUGUGCUCUAUCAGCUCAAGACCAUGUAAUAGGGGUUUGGAUGGGAGGAACUGGCAUUAUAUUUUCUUUAUUGAAUAUUAUAAUUUCAGUGAACAUAUAGAUUGGGAGAAAUUCCACGAAGAAUUUGAUAAGCAUUGCCUGGAAUGGUGUCUUUGGGGUUCAUUUCCUAGAAAUGAACGUUACUACGCUCAUGUAGAUAAACAAUAA